AUGUUUGAUCUAAUGGGCGGGGCAGACUUUCCCACCUCUGAGUUAAUAAUAUCAAUUACAAUUUUAGAGUGUGGCCAUGGAAUGGGCGGACAACGAGUUCGUUACAUUCGAGCCAGAAAUCCCAGAGGCUCAAAAACCAUUGACGACUUUCUCAAAGUGUAUAACUUACCCCCGUUUACCGCUGAAGAUGCUAAAGCGGAUGAAGAGUUUGUCAAAACGUAUCUGUCCCCCACUUCAAGUGAAUUUAUGCUAACCCCUUUGAUGCGUGCAGCUGUUGUUGACUGGAUGACCGGAAUGCAAGUUCUUUUUGAUACCGAUGUGACUGCCCUCCACAUUGCUACCCUCCUUCUGGAUUCCUUUACUUGGAUCAAUAGGGAAAUAAAACCAAGAGAUUAUUUAAAAAUUGCGACUGUUAGCCUAAUAUCAGCGAUAAAGAUGACAAAAAAAGGAAUUGUGCUCAAGGACAUCAUUAAAGGAGUUCAUGAAUUUUGCAAGGAAAUGUUCACUAUGGAAGAGAUCUGGAAAGCCUUGUGCAAAUUUGAAUGCGAAUUUGUUCGUAGAGAUUUCAAAAAGCUAAUUCCACACUUCUAUCUCCUUCAUUGUCUCCAGGUCAUGCCAGACUUCGAAAUGAGUGUAUGGAAAAAGUUUGUGGCCUUGUGUUUAUAUCUCCUCGAUCUUGGUGCCCUGAAUAUCGGACUAGUUAAGUAUUCAGCACGAGUUAAAUGUGCUGGAGUGCUCUGCUGUGUGCGAGAGCUUUUCAGAAAAUUCUGUGACUGCUCAUUUGAUGAAAAACAUGACCCACGAACUAGAUGCAUUUAUCAUAGGAUGUCGCCUAUGAGUUAUGAGAUGCAAGAAGUCCUCCAACUCUGCUACAAUGACCAAGUUCGGAGUGCAGCUCAAAUAUACAAGAAAAUGCUCGUGCAGGCUAAGAAAGUUUCACAGAACCCCAUUCCUGCCUAUACCAAGAACUGUCCCGAGCCAUUUAUGGCUGCUUACAACAAAUUCAAGUCAGAUGCCUACUUCGGAAUAGCGAGGCUUGAAAAGCUCCCAAAUUAUCAGAGAGCCAAAACCUACUACUUUGUUAUUGGGGCCAGUACGGAUCAUUAUAUCGAUUUGAUACGACCAGCCGGUUCCGAAUUCCUCAUCACCUCAGCAGGAACCAUACUGCGAGCCUGCCUGCGUCCUGUCAAGCCAGAGAUUUUACCACGGUUGUCACAAGACGGGAAGAAGAAGACCAGUAAUGGAACAAAACGCAGAGCAAUUCGCAGUGAUAUAACUGGCAAAACAAUAUUAAAUGAAAGCAGGAGAGAUGCGAUUCUCAAGGCACCGGCGGUUAAAACCGGCUGUGCCAUUUACAACAAAACUCUUGAACUGAUGACCACAUUCAUGGGUGGCUGGAGGCGAAAGAAUGUGGAUUCUCUCAACCACAUUCAUAUAAACGGUCACCAACCAAGCUCAAAGUCCGCUUCCGUUGGACCAUAUGUCUAUCUCAGAAGUAUUUUGAAUUAUGAGCUGAUUCAGGAUGAUAGGAUCAUUUCGACCUACAACCCCAACGGUCCAUCAAUGAGUUGCAUAUCAUCAGAUUGGCGGGCCGAUCUCUUUAAUCGGUUGAUUCGGCUUCAGCAACAUAUUGGCUUCAGUACAGAAACUGAACACCUGGCUACUGUACUAGUGGAUCGAUAUACCUGGCGUAAGCUAGUAGAUCCAAAUCACUACGACCUUCUUGGUAUGGUGGCGAUUUCCAUAGCGGCCAAGAUUACUUGUCGGAGACGAAAAGUCACUUUUACCCAGCUUUGUAGCCUGCCAAUGAAUAAAUAUCAAUGCAGUGAUAUGGCAGAGAUGGAGUUGAAGAUAUUUAAAGUCCUUGAUUAUGAUCUCGUUAGUCCAAUUCCACACACUUUUCUGGGCUUUGCAGUCGCCGCAUCACUGGAAGUGCUAAAAGAACUCGGCGAAAACGAGUAUUUUCUGCUAGCUCGAUACAUCUUCGAGCUCGGCUUGAUGGAAAUGGCUCUAUCCCAGUGUUCUGCUAGUCUAAAGUGUGCAGCAGCAAUCUACCUAAUUCGCCAUCUUCUUCGACUUCAGGGUCGGAGAUUACUCAGCAAACAUCACCUGUUAAAUCUGCCCCUAUGGACGAAUAAGUUGGCAUCAGCUACUGGCCACAAGGAGGGCAAAGCUUUGAGACAUACUGCCUAUAUCUACGGUCUUAUGCUAAUUGAAGCACAGUUCCUCCUUAAUGAAAUAGCACCACCGGGGAAAAUGACCGGUUGUGCUACUAAGUAUAGAGCUGCCUUUCAUAAAUACCUCCAUGAAAACAGUGCAUAUAUUGCCAUUCACCCACUUGUGAGUGAAUUCACCACCUCGGAUAUCGAAUGUUUCUUGUAUUAA